AUGCAGGAUGUACCGCUAGACACCGCUCCCGAGUCGCGGGAAGAUACCCCUCCUACCCUUACAUACGAACCCUCAGAACCCACGCCGCAACAUGAUGAGGCAGACAUCGAGACCUCAUAUCCGGAAGCCCAGGCACCAACACAACUCCCAAAGCCUCUCGAGCAACCAGAGCAACCUGCUGUUCCUACCAUCUCCUCCCCCCUACCAGAGGUGGCUUCUACGCCACAAUCAGAAGAACCUCCUCAACAAGCCAUCGAUCCCCGUCUCAUCCAACCUAGCCGCCAGCGCACCGACUCGCAGUCCACCACCGCUACCUCGCGAUCCACUACUCGCUCGUCUAUGGUCUUUGUCGUCAGCGCUCUAGAAACAAUCGCCGCAUCCAAGGAUGCUCGGAAGAGGAAGCCAUUGGCAGAUGCUGCUCAACGUGCUUUGUCCACAAUCAAGAGUCAGGGAGACCCAACUCAGACCGAUCCUGAGAUCCUCUUUGCGCCACUACAAUUGGCUACCGAGGCAAACACGGUCGCCAUAGUCACCACUGCCUUGGACUGUAUUGGCAAGCUCAUCAGCUACUCCUACUUCUCCGUGCCUGCAGACACCAACCAGGAAAACCAGCAGCCUGUACCGCUGAUUGAGCGCGCCAUUGAUACGAUAUGUGACUGCUUCCAAGGUGAAGCCACCCCGGCCGAGGUGCAAAUGCAGAUCAUCAAGUCAUUGUUGGCUGCUAUCCUCAAUGACAAGAUUGUGGUACAUGGUGCUGGUCUGCUCAAGAGUGUUCGUCAGACAUACAACAUCUUCCUUUUGUCCAAAAACAGCUCGAACCAACAGAUUGCCCAAGGCACAUUGACACAAAUGGUCGGAACUGUCUUUGAACGAGUAAAGACUAGGAUCGCUGGACGCGCUGCCAGGGCUGAUUCUUCGAAGUCCUCGAUGCUUAACGAAAAUGGCGACAAUGUGGAGUCAUUGUCAGACAUUCCGGAUAACGAGCUACCACGUACUUCGACUGAUGUGCAAGAAGAGGAGGAUGAAGAUGUGGAUACAACCAGGAUGACUUUGCAGACAUUCGAGACCAAGAAGAGUUUCGACGAUGCUCGGAUAGGCGACAAUGCGCCCACUAUGGUUACUCGUCUCAAGAAAUCAAGAAUGCCUCCUCGAACAGCAUCUGGAAACGAUGGUGUUCCUGCCAUUACUGUCCAGCCUGACGGUUCCGACAUUACCGAGGAGGACGAGGAAGACGAGAUCUUCAUCAAAGACGCCUUCCUUGUAUUCCGCGCAAUGUGCAAGCUCAGCACAAAAACUCUCCGUGUCGAAGAAACUGUUGAUCUCAGAUCUCAAGGCAUGCGUUCCAAGCUGCUGUCCCUUCACAUUAUCCAAACAAUCAUCUUCAACCACCAUGCCGUCUUCAGUUCGCCUUUCGCAACCAUUCGCAGCAGCUCCAACAAUGACCCCACGAGCUUCACGCAGGCUAUCAAGCAAUAUCUCUGUUUGAGUUUGAGUCGCAACGGCGCAAGUUCAGUCAACAAAGUAUUCGAGAUUAGUUGCGAGAUCUUCUGGCUCAUGAUCCGCUAUUUGCGUGUGACACUCAAAAGAGAGAUUGAAGUUUUCCUCAAGGAGGUUUACCUCGCGAUUUUAGACAAGAGGACUGCGCCUGCAUUCCAAAAGCAGUGCAUCAUCACAAUCUUGACUAGAUUGGCUUCAGAUCCCAGAGCACUAGUUGAGAUCUACCUUAACUAUGACUGUGAUCGAGCAGCACUUGACAACUUCUAUCAACGCAUCAUCGAGCAUCUCUCCAGAAUUGCCAGCUCGCCUGUGCAGGUCACGGCGCAGCAGGAACUGCUCUACAUCGAACAGCAGUCAAAACAUGGCAAUGCUAUGUCAGAGUGGCUAGCCCAAAGCACUUUGCCGCCGUCGCUGUCCACUUCCACAAUCGCCAGUGCCCCGGAAGCUAAUCAAGACAUACCAGCCGAGUACAUUAUGAAACAGCACUCGCUCGAAUGUCUGGUCGAAACUUUGCGUUCUAUGGUCAAUUGGUCUCAGCAGGGUCUUAACGACGUUGCUGCGUCGCUCUCGAAUCCUGAAUCACGCAAUUCAGUUGAAGAUUUAAGAGACUCGAUAGAUGCUCGUGAGAACGGCGUCUCCCAGUCCCCUGUAGUGCCGAGUAUGGAGAUUGCUGUUCCUGGCACUCCGAUAGCAGACGAUGAUCCCGCCGAACUCGAACGAGUGAAGCAACACAAGACUGCACUGAACAAUGCCAUCAAGCAAUUCAACUUCAAGCCCAAGAAGGGAGUCAAAGUCUUGAUCGCUGGUGGUUUCAUUGCCUCGGACUCGCCUCAAGAUAUCGCUCAAUUCCUUAUUACCAACGAAAGGCUAGACAAAAAGGCUCUGGGCGAAUACCUCGGAGAAGGCGAACCAGAAAACAUUGCCAUCAUGCAUGCUUUCGUGGACAGCAUGAAUUUCACCAAGACGCGAUUCGUGGAUGCUCUACGAACCUUCCUACAAAGCUUCCGUCUGCCUGGAGAGGCGCAAAAGAUUGAUCGUCUUAUGCUUAAGUUUGCCGAAAGAUAUACUGGAGGCAACCCCAAUGCGUUCGCGAACGCUGAUACUGCCUAUGUGCUGGCUUACUCGGUUGUUAUGCUCAACACCGAUCAGCACAGUGCUCAAGUCAAAGUUCGUAUGACUCCUGAGGACUUCAUCAAGAAUAACCGUGGCAUCAACGACGGCCAAAGUCUGCCAGAUGAUUACCUCAAGAGCAUUUUCGAGGAGAUUGCUCAAAACGAGAUCGUCCUCGACACAGAGCGCGAAAAGGCUGCCAAUCUAGGUAUGUUGCCACAGGGCACUGGCAGCUUGGCCGCGAAUAUUGGCCAAGCUGUUGCCAACUUUGGGCGUGAUUUACAAAGAGAGGCCUACGCUCAAGCUUCGGAUCAAAUGGCUACGAAGACAGAGCAGCUGUUCAAGAACCUUAUGAAAUCUCAACGUCGCGGAGCUGUCAGAUCUCCCAUGGUCAAAUUUAUCCCUGCAUCGUCGUUCAAACACGUCGGUCCCAUGUUCGAGGUCACCUGGAUGUCUUUCUUGACAGCACUUUCUGGUGGUACACAGGAGACGAACAACAUUGAAAGGGUCAGGCUUUGCAUGGAGGGUCAGAAGUUGGCCAUCCGAAUCUGCUGUUUGUUCGAUCUCACAGAUCCUCGACAGGCCUUUAUCGCUUCCCUGGCUCGUUUCACAAACCUCUACAACCUCAGUGAGAUGAAAGCCAAGAACAUUGAAGCGCUCAAGGCCGUCCUAGACGUUGCACAAAACGAGGGCAACCUGCUCAAGGACUCGUGGAGAGACAUCCUCACGUGUAUCAGUCAACUUGACAGAUUCCAGCUCAUCUCUACAGGUGUGAAUGAAGGCGACGUGCCUGAUAUGCUGAGAUCUCACUCUUCCGCGACCAACCCUAAUCGCAAGUCCCUUGGCGUCCCUCCCCGUAAUCGCAAUAGAAACUCUGUUAGCGGUAUAGUCUAUCAGCCCGACAUUGCGGAAGAGAGCAGAUCGGCAGAUAUGGUUCGUAGCGUUGACCGUAUCUUCACCAACACCGCCAACCUCUCGGGAGAUGCUAUCGUUCAUUUUGUCAAGGCUCUCGCCCAAGUCAGUUGGCAAGAGAUCCAGUCAUCUGGUAACAGCGAGUCUCCCCGAACCUACAGUCUGCAGAAGCUCGUUGAGGUCAGUGGCUACAACAUGACUCGUGUACGUUUCGAAUGGACAAGCAUCUGGCAAGUAUUGGGUGAACACUUCAUCCAAGUCGGCUGCCACAACAACACCAACGUCGUCUACUUUGCUCUUAAUUCGCUGAGACAGUUGUCGAUGCGCUUCAUGGAAAUUGAAGAACUGCCAGGUUUCAAAUUCCAGAAGGACUUUUUGAAGCCUUUCGAGCAUAUCCUUAGCAAUGCUACACAAGUCCCGGUCAAGGAUAUGGUCUUGCGCUGUCUAAUCCAAAUGAUACAGGCCAGGGGUGACAAUAUCCGCUCUGGUUGGAAAACGAUGUUCGGCGUCUUCACCGUCGCUGCUCGUGAGCCUUAUGAAUCUAUUGUCAAUCUUGCCUAUGACAACGUCACACAGGUCUACAAUGAUCGUUUUGCCGUGGUCAUCACUCAAGGUGCCUUUGCCGACCUCAUCGUCUGCUUGACCGAGUUCUCCAAGAACCACAAGUUCCAAAAGAAGUCACUUCAAGCCAUCGAGAUGCUGAAGUCUUCAGUCGGAAAGAUGCUUCGCACACCAGAGUGCCCGCUCAGCGUCAAAGCCAGUACUGUCAAAGAUGCCCCCACCGCCGAGGGCAUGCCUAAGCAGCCUACCAGACAGACUCAAGAGGAGCAGUUCUGGUUCCCUGUUCUGUUCGCCUUCCACGAUGUGUUGAUGACCGGUGAUGAUCUUGAGGUCCGAUCUAGGGCACUCAACUAUCUCUUCGAGACCUUGACGCGCUAUGGUGGUGACUUCCCUCGCGAGUUCUGGGACACAUUGUGGCGCCAACUACUCUACCCCAUUUUCAUGGUUCUCAAGUCCAAGUCGGAAAUGUCGAAGGCUCUGAAUCACGAAGAGCUUUCGGUAUGGCUGUCAACGACCAUGAUCCAAGCACUCCGCAACAUGAUCAGUCUCUUUACGCAUUUCUUCGAUUCUCUUGAGUAUAUGCUCGACAGGUUCUUGGACCUAUUGGCACUUUGCAUUUGUCAAGAAAACGACACUUUGGCUAGGAUUGGCAGCAACUGCUUGCAACAACUGAUUCUCCAGAACGUCCACAAAUUCACACCAGAACAUUGGGAGAAGAUUGUUGGGGCCUUUGUCGACUUAUUUGCACGGACUGAAGCCACAGCUCUCUUCUCUGCAGCGACAUCAUCAUCUUACAGAAAAGACUCAAGUGCAUCCAAUGGCUCCAAGGCUAUUCCAGCCUCAUUGGACGGUCUCUCUAUGACUGAGUCCUCGUCAGCGGAUCCAGCAUCUGUACCUUCCGAGAGCCCGCUGAACCUCAAUGGAGACGAGGCCUCACCUGGCGAAGACACGCCUCGACGACCUCGUGGCAACACCACGGCUACUACUCGAAGCCUGUCUCCUUCCAAGCAGGCGCAAAUCGGGGAUGACAACGAGCUUGAGUCAUUCAAUAACACGUCGCAAACACCUAACGCGCCUGUUGUUGUCACCGCUGCUCGUCGCCGCUUUUUCAACCAGAUCAUCACCAAGUGUGUCUUGCAGUUGUUGAUGAUUGACACAGUCAGUGAGUUGUUCUCUAACGACUCGGUCUACGCCGCCAUACCAUCACAUCUGCUGUUGCGUUUGAUGUCACUGCUUAAGAAGUCCUACCACUUCGCCAAGCGUUUCAACGAAGACCGCGACCUGCGCACGAAGUUGUUCAGAGAAGGCUUUAUGCGUCAGCCACCAAACCUACUCAAGCAGGAGUCGGGCUCGGCCUCUGUCUAUGUUAGUAUCCUUCUGCGUAUGUUCUCGGACGAAGGCGAGGAGCGCAAGGCCUCUCGGGCCGAGACAGAACAGGCACUUAUUCCUCUUUGCGCCGACAUUGUCAACUCAUACAUUGAGCUUGAUGAAGACACUCAACAACGCAACAUUAUCACAUGGCGACCUGUUGUGGUUGACGUCCUUGAAGGCUACACCGGCUUCCAAACUGAAGACUUCGAACGCCAUGCCACCACUUUUGCGCCUCUUGCUGUCGGUCUGAUGAACCGCGAAAUGGGUCCUGAGCUUCAGCGAGCGGUACAGGGGCUAUGGGCUCGUGUCACCGAGAUCAAGUUUGGAGUCAAGACGUUUGCUCAUAGUAGAGCGUCAGGCCUCGCAAGUCCCUCAAGGCCAUCAAUGUUCAGCGGGCGUCGUUCGAGCAGAGGCAGUCGUUAA